UCCCCAUGUUCAACAACAUGAUGUCGGAUUCAAUCAAAUUACUCUAACGCUUAAACCCUUCUCCUCUUCCUAUUUUCCCAUCAUUUUCUCCGUCCCUCCUCCUCCUCCUCCUUUCUCCGCCUAAACUUCCGGCCGACGGCACUAACUCCGGCGUGACGUCUGACUUUAAUUUAAUUAACUCAAAAACACUUAGCCGUUGAGUAGUGAAUCAGCCCCCAACACCACCUUUCGUAGUUUCUCCGCCAUUGCUAGUCGCUUGUAUUUUUUCGGUGCAUUUAUGGAAACUUCAAGUGGGUAUCUGAAUUAUCAUCAAAAUUCCUCUUUUGGUUCUUCUAGAAGAGAUGUCUCUUACAGCUGUGGCAGUUGUGGGUACGAGUUAAACCUUAACUCAUCAAGUCGCAAUACUGCUUCCAUUGGAUCCAAGUAUGGGAAGUCCAUUAAGAAAGGGAUGAUCUCCUUCUUGUCCAUUGAUGAGAGCAGAUUUACCCAGGUUGAUGAAUUCAAGUGUGUACCGUUCUUUUUCUCCAAACGUUCUUGGGGCUUGUUCCAGCGGCGAACAAAACUUCAGUGCAGAAAAUGUGGUAACAAUAUUGGAAUUGCUUAUGAUAAUAGUGCUUCUUCUUACCCACUUGUAGCCGAUGCAUCAGAUACAGCCUCUGGUAGUGAAAUAACCACUCAUAGGAAAUACGAUAUCAAAAUCCGCUCGUUGCAACCGUCUUCGUCAGCAUCGGGUACUCCUCUCCCUGAGUGAUAUAUAAUGCCUGUGAAUAAUUCUUCUGUUGAGGAAAGUUUGGCAUGUAUUUAUGAUCAUGCAAUAGCACUUUGCUGAAAUUUUAAAAUUCGAGGUGCUUUUUAGUUUCCCGUUAUAUUACUUAUCAAGUAAAUAAGACUGAUCAGAUUACAGGCUUGGUUGGAGGAUAUGUAUAAUUUUCUUGCUAUCCAUCUCUCAAGAGGUGGGCAAGCGCUCUUUUGGGGGAUGUAGUUUGUAUUUUGUACAUAAGAAACAGGACUGUCAAUGAGGUGUGGAUUUGAAGCAGCUAAGUUUAGCAUUUGUCAUUUUUGAUUGUGUGUUUUGAAUACCUAGCAGGCAAUCUUCAAGCUGUCACAACUUACGUCUAUAAAUUCAUGGCUGCUUGGAUCA